AUGAGAAGCUUACCUUGCUUAUUGUUGUUCUUCUCCUUGUUCUUGUUCCAAGAAGCGUUUGCAACUACAGGGAAGAUAUGGAGCAGAACAGAGAUGGUGGAGAUGGCUGGCUAUGGUGAACAAAAACUCUCCUAUGUGAUCAUCACUGGAUCUCUUCUCUGCGAUACUUUCACAAAACCAGAAACUCUCAAGGAAGAAGAAAUACCAUACCAACACCGUCUACACCUCGACAGGCAGGCCUUGACCAUCUCCAAGGAUCAAUUUCACUCCGGCCUGCAAAAUCACACACUCAAUUAA